AUGGAAGAACCUUUGAAAGACUCAUUCAGGCGAGUGGACGUGAAUACAUGGUUCAUCGGCCCCCUAAUCCUCCGCUGUUCGAGCGGCUACUCCGACACUUCAACUUGGUUCGAUCCUUUUUACAAACUCAGUUUCACUAUUACCAAUGCCCCUAUUCCUCCUCCUCCUUCGGCCCCGAUCACCUUGGAUGAUUCAAUAAUCCGCUUGGUAUAUGACGCUGGUGAUAGCUCUGCAGUCUGGGCUUUAGGAAGCUGUACUUUCUGCAAGGUUAAACUUUGCAUUGAGAAUACAACGCCGGAGUCCACGACCUUGGCUUUUGUGCAUAAACAGCAGCCGAGUUUCAAGCUUCCAACCAUAUUCUACCAAGCACAAUUCAACGGACGGUCUUAUCUCUUUCUCAGCAGAGUCACUGGACGAACACUCGCGGAUGCCUGGCCUACUCUGGAUAAAAAAUGGAGGUGUCACUAUGUGAACACGCUGGUAGAUAUCUGCGAGUCUCUGGCCGCGUACAAAGGUAGUAUGAUUGGUGGCGUUGAUGGACAGCAUAUACCAGAGUCAUAUCUCAUUCCAAAUGGAACAGUCGAGAACUUCAACCCUCAAAAUCUCCUGGAAGGUUGCCGGACAAUGGGCAUGGACUGCUCGGAGUUUGUCUUUUACCAUGCCGAUUUGGGCCCUGGCAAUAUAAUUGUGGAAGAGACUCCCACAACUGGGAUGGUUGGAAUUAUUGAUUGGGAGCUUGCUGGGUUCUUCCCGCGAGGAUGGAUUCGAACCAAGUUUCGAAUAAGCCGUGGGCUGAAUCUUCCGGAAUCGGUUGAGGAUCCACAUUGGUGGAGGUCUGAAGCCCAAAAGCUACUUGGGGAGCGUGGGUUUGAGGACUUUACACAGGAGUGGGUGAAUUGGUGGUAUUAG